AUGCCCCAGCUAAGACGACAGCCCAAUCUACACGGCUACGGUCACAGGGAUGACGGCACCAAUCAACCCGGCAGUCUGCGCGCGCAAUUCCAAACACCUCCUUCACGAGCGACUCCGUCCAAUCCCACGCAUCGGCUGCCAUCGUCAGGACCGCAGCAGAUCACGCCGGAAUUUGCUCCGGUCACGGCUCGACACGGAGCAAUGCCAACUGAUCCUUUCGCUAUGUUUCGGCGACCACGUCGCGAGCCGCGUUUGCCGGAACCGAGGCGCGAGGAAGAGGAGGUGUUUGAGGAUCAUUCGGAUUUGAUUGUGGAUGAGGACGGACAUGUUGUGUAUGAGGGGCAUCAUGAUCUAGAAGAAGAGGAAGAAGGUCACUACGAGCAUGAUGAGCAAGGAGAAGAGGGGGAGGAAGAUGAAGGGGAGGAGGAGGAAGAAGAAGAAGAAGAAGAGGAGGAGGAAGAAGAAGAGGAAGAGGAGGAAGACGGUGAUCUGGAAAUGCACGAUCACGAUCGAUCAGCAUCCCCAAUCCCACCUCAUCUCCGCGAGAUUUCUUCUCUCGCGUCAUGGACCGUAUCCACCUCCAAGCCAGGCUGUGGCGUGGCAGCCCUUCGACACCCUUCCCCCGACCAGUACUGGCAAUCCGACGGACCACAGCCUCACACUCUGACGCUCCACUUCUUCAAACUGGUCGCCAUCGUCCGCAUCCGCGUCUACCUAGACUUUGAGCUCGACGAGAGCUACACCCCGACCAAAAUGUCCUUCCUGGCCGGGAUGGGAGGCAACGACCUUGUGGAAUUCACCGCCUGGGAAGGGGAAACCCCAUGCGGCUGGGUCAAUAUCCCACUGGAUGGCGUCGGUGGUCGAAAUGGAGGUUGGGUCCGUGACGAUAUGCUCCGGCGCAACCGGCGUCGGUCAACCAGUGCCGCUGCACGUCGACAAAGAGGUGGCCUUGUUGACGAUGAAGAGAAUGACUCCGAGGCCGGGGAUGACGCUGUGCCAGAUGAUCUGGAGGAUCCGUAUGCUGGCAACGUCCUCAAGGCCAUGGUGAUUCAGAUGCGAGUGCUUGAGAAUCACCAGAAUGGAAAGGACACGCAUGUGCGAGGGUUCCAGGUAUUUGCGUGUGAUGACCAACGACGCCGAGUCGCCGCGGCCGGUGAUCGGCCUCGUCGUCAGAGUCUUCGUCAUUCACGGUGGGAGGGCAUGACGGAGGCGUCGCAUGGUCCACUGAGACUGAGCAACGAGGAUGUUGAUACGAGCAGACUCAUCUCCACGUCUGGGCUUGAAGAGCCUGAUUGGAUGGGUGAUCCGGUCAUCAGAUGA